AGUUUCUGUUCUUUUCCCUUCCAUCCUAUCCCCUGCCCAGCUGCAGUUUGCAUAAAGAGAAUGCAGCAGUUGCGGUGCUCGUAGAUAAAAAUCUUUCAUUUAAAGAUGGGAUAUAAGACCAGGUGUAAUUAAAGCAAUCAUGCCAGUGGUCGUAGUGCCAGGGCCACUAUUUCAGAGGCCACUGUGUUAGGUUUUGUUUUCGAGUUGCUUUCUAUGGUCGUUGCUUUGAAAUUAUUUACAGCCCUGAAGAAUCUCCCUAUCCCUAUUUUGUCCCCCUGCAGUAAUAAAUCCCAUUAUGGAGAUCUCGAAACUUUAUAAAGGGAUAUAGUUUGAAUUCUAUGGAGUGUAAUUUUGUGUAUGAAUUAUAUUUUUAAAACAUUGAAGAGUUUUCAGAAAGAAGGCUAGUAGAGUUGAUUACUGAUACUUUAUGCUAAGCAGUACCUUUUUGGUAAUACAAUAUUUUGUUAGGCGUUUCUGAUAACACUAGAAAGGACAAGUUUUAUCUUGUGAUAAAUUGAUUAAUGUUUACAACAUGAUGUUAAUUAUAGCUGAAUAGUCCUUAAAUGAUGAACAGGUUAUUUAGUUUUUAAAUGCAGUGUAAAAAGUGUGCUGUGGAAACCUUAUGGCUGACUAAUUAAGUUUGUGGAGAAAAUACCUUCAGCUGAUCAAGAAUAAUAGUGGUAUGCAAAGUUAGGAAGAAAGUCAACAUGGUGCUGCAGGAAAUGGAAACAAAUACAAAUGCUAUUUAACAAAGAGUUUACAGUUUGUGAACUUUAAGCCAAAUUCAUUUGACAUCAAGCACUAUAACAGGCACAGGUUCAACAAAGCUCGUGGGUAUUGACUUCCCCAAAAGUUAUCAGCUGAAGUAAUAUAGCCCACUUAAGUAAAUACUAUGAUGAUAAGCUGUGUGAACUUAGCCUUUAAAUAGUGUGACCAUAUGAAGAUUUUGUUUAUUAGAAUAAAAUGAGAUUUUUUGGGAUGUCAUGUUAAAAUGCUUAUAGGGAAAGAAGCCUGCAUAUAAUUUUUUACCUUGUGACGUAAUCAGUAAUUGGUCUGUUAUUCAGGCUUCAUAGCUUGUAACCAAAUAUAAAUAAAAGGCAUAAUUUAGGUAUUCUGUGGUUGCUUAGAAUUUUGAGAAUAUAAAUCUCUGUGAAAAAUCAAGGAGUUUUAACAUUUUCAGAAGUGCAUCCACCUUUUCAGGGCUUUAGGUUAGUAUUACUCAAGAUUAUGAACAAAUAGCACUUAGGUUACCUAAGAGAGUUACUAUAACCCCAAAGAGUUGUGUUCUAAGUAGUAUCUUGGUAAUUCAGAGAGGUACUCAUCCUACCUGAAUAUAAACUGAGAUAAAUCCAGUAAAGAAAGUGUAGUAAAUGCUACAUAAGAGUCUAUCAUUGAUUUCUUUUUGUGGUAAAAAUCUUAUUUCAUGUGAAGAAAUUUCAUGUGAAUGUUUUAGCUAUCAAACAGUACUAUCACCUACUCAUGCACAAAACUGCCUCCCAAAGACUUUUCCCAGGUCCCUCGUAUCAAAACAUUAAGAGUAUAAUGGAAGAUAGCACGAUCUUGUCAGAUUGGACAAGCAGCAACAAACAAAAAAUGAAGUAUGACUUUUCCUGUGAACUCUACAGAAUGUCUACAUAUUCAACUUUCCCCGCCGGGGUUCCUGUCUCAGAAAGGAGUCUUGCUCGUGCUGGUUUUUAUUAUACUGGUGUGAAUGACAAGGUCAAAUGCUUCUGUUGUGGCCUGAUGCUGGAUAACUGGAAACUAGGAGACAGUCCUAUUCAAAAGCAUAAACAGCUAUAUCCUAGCUGUUGCUUUAUUCAGAAUCUGGUUUCAGCUAGUCUGGGAUCCACCUCUAAGAAUACGUCUCCAAUGAGAAACAGUUUUGCACAUUCAUUAUCUCCCACCUUGGAACAUAGUAGCUUGUUCAGUGGUUCUUACUCCAGCCUUUCUCCAAACCCUCUUAAUUCUAGAGCAGUUGAAGACUUCUCUCCAUCGAGGACUAACCCCUACAGUUAUGCAAUGAGUACUGAAGAAGCCAGAUUUCUUACCUACCAUAUGUGGCCAUUAACUUUUCUGUCACCAUCAGAAUUGGCAAGAGCUGGUUUUUAUUAUAUAGGACCUGGAGAUAGGGUAGCCUGCUUUGCCUGUGGUGGGAAGCUCAGUAACUGGGAACCAAAGGAUGAUGCUAUGUCAGAACACCGGAGGCAUUUUCCCAACUGUCCAUUUUUGGAAAAUUCUCUAGAAACUCUGAGAUUUAGCAUUUCAAAUCUGAGCAUGCAGACACAUGCAGCUCGAAUGAGAACAUUUAUGUACUGGCCAUCUAGUGUUCCAGUUCAGCCUGAGCAGCUUGCAAGUGCUGGUUUUUAUUAUGUGGGUCGCAAUGAUGAUGUCAAAUGCUUUUGCUGUGAUGGUGGCCUGAGGUGUUGGGAAUCUGGAGAUGAUCCAUGGGUAGAACAUGCCAAGUGGUUUCCAAGGUGUGAGUUCUUGAUACGAAUGAAAGGCCAAGAGUUUGUUGAUGAGAUUCAAGGUAGAUAUCCUCAUCUUCUUGAACAGCUGUUGUCAACUUCAGAUACCACUGGAGAGGAAAAUGCUGAGCCACCAAUUAUUCAUUUUGGACCUGGAGAAAGUUCUUCAGAAGAUGCUGUCAUGAUGAAUACACCUGUGGUUAAAUCUGCCUUGGAAAUGGGCUUUAAUAGAGACCUGGUGAAACAAACAGUUCAAAGUAAAAUCCUGACAACUGGAGAGGACUACAAAACAGUUAAUGAUAUUGUAUCAGCACUUCUUAAUGCUGAAGAUGAAAAAAGAGAAGAGGAGAAGGAAAAACAAGCUGAAGAAAUGGCGUCAGAUGAUUUGUCAUUAAUUCGGAAGAAUAGAAUGGCUCUCUUUCAACAAUUGACGUGUGUGCUUCCUAUCCUGGAUAACCUUUUAAAGGCCAAUGUAAUUAAUAAACAGGAACAUGAUAUUAUUAAACAAAAAACACAGAUACCUUUACAAGCGAGAGAACUGAUUGAUACCAUUUUGGUUAAAGGAAAUGCUGCAGCCAACAUCUUCAAAAACUGUCUAAAAGAAAUUGACUCUACAUUAUAUAAGAACUUAUUUGUGGAUAAGAAUAUGAAGUAUAUUCCAACAGAAGAUGUUUCAGGUCUGUCACUGGAAGAACAAUUGAGGAGGUUGCAAGAAGAACGAACUUGUAAAGUGUGUAUGGACAAAGAAGUUUCUAUUGUAUUUAUUCCUUGUGGUCAUCUGGUAGUAUGCCAGGAAUGUGCCCCUUCUCUAAGAAAAUGCCCUAUUUGCAGGGGUAUAAUCAAGGGUACUGUUCGUACAUUUCUCUCUUAAAGAAAAAUAGUCUAUAUUUUAACCUGCAUAAAAAGGUCUUUAAAAUAUUGUUGAACACUUGAAGCCAUCUAAAGUAAAAAGGGAAUUAGGAGUUUUUCAAUUAGUAACAUUCAUGUUCUAGUCUGCUUUGGUACUAAUAAUCUUGUUUCUGAAAAGAUGGUAUCAUAUAUUUAAUCUUAAUCUGUUUAUUUACAAGGGAAGAUUUACGUUUGGUGAACUAUAUUAGUAUGUAUGUGUGGACCUAAGGGAGUAGUGUCACUGCUUGUUAUGUAUCAUUUCAGGAGUUACUGGAUUUGGUAUUCUUUCAGAAAGCUUUGAAUACUAAAUUACAGUGUAGAAAAGAACUGGAAACCAGGAAUUCUGGAGUUCAUCAGAGUUAUGGUGCCGUAUUGUCUUUGGUGCUUUUCACUUGUGUUUUAAAAUAAGGAUUUUUCUCUUAUUUCUCCCCCUAGUUUGUGAGAAACAUCUCAAUAAAGUGCUUUAAAAAGA